AUGGAAUCUAUAAUAGAAGAAGAUGUUUUGGUUAGAGAGACUCACCGUCGUGUUCCUUUUGUGGUUUGCUUUGAUGAAGCAACUUGUGAUGUUCGUUGUAAUUGUCGAUUGUUUCAGUUUAGAGGAAUUUUAUGUCGACAUGCAAUUGUGGUAUUGAUUCAUAAGCAAAUUUCUCAUGUACCAGAAAAGUACAUUUUAAGACGAUGGAGGAAAAAUAUAAACAGACACCAUACCAAGGUGAAGAUAAGUUAUAACAGUUGGAGCACCAAUCUUGACAGACAACGAUUUGAUGAGUUGUCUAAUUUAUUCAGUGUUGUAGUAGAUUUAGCAUCAAGCAAUGAGGAUGAUUGUAAUAUGGUGAAAGAAAUGAUCAAUGAUAUGAAGAACAAAUUGAUGUCAAAUAAAAGUGUCGGGAUUUAUAAAAGACCAAACAUGUCAGGUAAUAGUAGAAUGAUUUGUGAAGGUGGUGAUGAUACUUUGAAAGAAGGGAGUAGUAAUAUUCUUACUCCACGGGCUGUUCAUAGCAAAGGUCGUCCCCCAUUCAAAAGAAAACAAUCAAAGGUUGAAAAAAUUGUUCGUAAAGGAUUAAAAGAACUUGAGUUUCAGGAACUUGGAUGCUCAUGUUCAUCAGCCGAAGGGCAACAGCUCCAGUCUACUAAUGUGGUUGAGUUCUUGUUGUAUGUUGCACAGGGAUCAAAAGAACUUGAGUUUCAGGAAGUUGGAUGCUCAUGUCCAUCAGUUGAAGGGUUAAGAUUGGUGCCUACAUAUGCUAGUGAUGUGAAUGAGUUGCUCGUGGAUGGUCUCCAAAAUUCAGCAUUAAUUUCAGGGGAGACUAUUGGCUUGGAUCUGCUCUUGAGGUGUUCUAGUGCUAGAUAUAUAGUUUUUAGCUAUUUGGGUAUGUUGGUUAUUGUUGUGUGGUGGAUGGCAUUGGUGCAUGGCCAAACAAAGGAUUCUGGAGAGUUUUAUUUGGAGAUGCAGCAGCAGAAAACUGCAUUUUUGUAG